GUGUCAUGGCAGCCUGCUGCUGAUUCUUUUCCUCUCUUGUAGCUGACCGUAUUGGGAAGCAUAAGAAGCGAUCAGAGCAGUGGAAUGCGGUGACAGAUGUAUUUUAGGGGACCCGCGGUGGGUCUCACCUUCUGCUCCUUCUAUUUGGCUUCUUACUUCACAAACAAGUAUGUUCUGUCUAUUCUGAAAUUCACCUAUCCUACCCUUUUUCAAGGGUGGCAGACAUUAGUGGGUGGAGUCUUUCUUCAUAUCUGUUGGAAGAUAGGCUGGGUGGAGAUUAACUACUCAUCCAGAUCUGACGUUAUAUCAUGGCUUCCUGCCUCGGUUUCCUUUGUGGGCAUUAUUUAUGCUGGUUCCAGGGCAUUGUCAAGACUGCCCAUUCCUGUUUUUCUGACUUUACACAAUGCAGCAGAAGCUGUGACCUAUGGAGUUCAGAGAGUGUUCUUCAGAGAGUUGUGCUUGUUACAAGUUAUAUUUUUAUGUUGCAGCGUAAUACUUUUAGUGAUCUCAGCGGUGUGUCUUCCAUUACAUGACUCUCAGUUUGAUAGAGACGGUUAUUUUUGGGCUGUAAUUCAUCUAUUAUGUUCAGGAUGCUACAAAGUGUUCCAGAGAUCUCAGAAGUCAAAAUUGCUAAGUGACCUUGAUCAACAGUAUAUAAACUAUUUUUUCAGUGUUGUCCUGUUGGCCUUUGCAACACAUCCUACUGGUGACCUCUUCAGUGCCUUGGAAUUCCCUUUCCUUUAUUUCUAUCGAUUCCAUAGUGGGUGUUGUGCCAGUGGGAUUUUGGGCUUCGUGUUGAUGCUGCUUUCUGUAAAAUUAAGGAGCAGUCUUUCUCCUGCACAUCACCUCUCCUGGACCUUCCUAGCUAAGGUUCUCACAGCGGUUGUGUCGCUAUUUGUCUUUGAAAUAUCCUUGAAUCUGCCACUGACUUUAUGUUUCCUGACAUGCUGCCUUGGAGAGGCUCUUCAUAUAUAUACUGAAAGGUCAGGGGCAUGAAGAAGACGCACGUGAUAAAAGACCAGCACAGACUUUCAGAUCUGCCCUUUUCAGGUUCAUGCCGCUCAUCUGUGAGAAUUCCAUCAAAGCUAAUCAACUAGUAC